AUGUUCUUAAAUGUAUUGACUUCCGCUAGUGAACAAUUCACGUUUCGAUGUAAAAAUUUCCUAUUAUAUUUAUUUAUAUUUUGUAAUUUUUCAAAAUUGUUAAUUAUUGAUGUUAAAGGAUAUGAAAAUGGCAUGAAAAAAACUGAUAUUGUAAAUGAUUAUUUAGAAAAAGGAAGAGUUCUAUUAACUACUGGACAAUUAGCAGAUGCCUUAACAAAUUUUCAUUCAGCUAUUGAUGCUGAUCCACAAAGUUAUCUUGCUUAUUUUCGGCGAGCGACAGUUUAUUUAGCCAUGGGAAAAUCGAAAUCAGCAGCAUCAGAUUUGAGUAAAGUGAUCGAACUGAAACCGGACUUUACUGGUGCGCGUGUACAACGAGGAAAUGUUUUCUUGAAGCAAGGUGAUUUUAAUGAAGCAAAAAUAGAUUUUCAAACUGCGCUACAAUCAGACGCGUCAAAUAGUGAAGCACACAAUCUACUGGAUUUAACCAUACAAAUGAGUCAAAAAAUGCAGCAAGCAGAAAAUUCAUUUCGAAAUAAAGAUCAUACAAAAGCUGCUGAAAUUUUUUCAGAGAUUGUCGAGCAUUGUCCAUGGGCAGUAAAAUUACGUGAACUUCGUGCUAACUGUUAUUUGCAAUUAGGUGAUACAUUGAAAGCAGUGCAUGAUCUUAAAGCUACAUCUAAACUAAAACCUGAUAAUACUCGAGCAUUUUUUCAAAUAAGCCAACUGUUUUAUUCAAUCGGUGAUGCUGAUGAUAGUCUAACAAAUAUUCGUGAAUGCCUUAAAUUAGAUCCUGAUCAUAAAGACUGCCAUUCGCAUUAUAUCAAAGUAAAAAAGUUAGCUAAACAAUUAGAAAUCAUAAAUGAUGCAACAAGUCAAUCACGUUGGAAUGAUUGUAUUGAAAAAGCUCGUGAAAUUCUCAAACUGUCUUCCGAUCCGUUAUCAUCAGUAUUUGUUUUUCGUGCACAUUCGUCAUUAUGUACAUGCAUGUCACGUGGAAAAUUUCCAGCAACAGAAACCAUUAAAAUAUGUACAGAAGUAUUAGAUACGUAUCAUGUAUCGGACGCGGAAAUUUUAGUUAGCCGUGCUGAAGCGUAUGUAUUACACGAGAACUAUGAGGCAGCACUAGCUGAUUAUAAACGUGCGCAUGAAAUAGAAGAUUCCAGUCGUAUCAAUGAAGGAAUGCAACGUGUACAAAAAUUAAUAAAACAAUCGAAAAAACGCGAUUAUUAUAAAAUUUUAGGUGUAAGACGAUCAGCUAACAAAGCAGAGAUUUUAAAAGCGUAUAGAAAACUUGCUAUUAAAUGGCAUCCGGAUAAAUAUGAAGGUGAUGAUAAGAAAAAGGCUGAAAAAAUGUUUAUUGAUAUAGCUUCAGCGAAAGAAGUUUUAACUGAUCAAGAAAAACGUGCUCGUUUCGAUGCUGGUGAUGAUCCCCUUGAUGCCGAAGAACAAGCUCAACAACGUAAUCCCUACCAUGGUUUUAAUCCAUUCGGUGGUGGCAACGAUCAAGGUUUCACGUUUCGCUUUCAUUUUAAUUGA